GCUAUGCUGUGAGCGCGAUCGCGAUGUGAUCAACGAGCGAGAGGGAGUUUCCGCAUCAACAAUUGUGUGAAAGGCAAUCAACAGUCUAUAUAGCCCCAUGUAGCCUGAAAGAAAAUAGCUUAGGGAUUCUACUAAUCAUAACGAAACGCUUAAUAUGAACGUGUUUUCUGGAUAACUUUUUGGAAGUCCUGGAACAGUGAACGGCCACCAGACAACGAUUUGCCGUGCAUGCUGGGCAAUACCAGCGCCGCCAGGGACAGAAGCCACAUUGAAAGGGCUGCAGCCGGGGAGAUAGAGGCUGCGCCGAGGUUGAUAACUCGUAUUACCGUUCCAUACGUGUCAUUGAGCCGACUGCAGGCUGUGAUUGUGUGCAGAGCCAAGAAUCAAGAUCAUUGAUGACCAAGAUCUAGAGGAGUGUCAUUUUUCAGCAAAAUGAGACACUGCAAGUUCAUCCACAGCGGGAUAUUAUUAGACAGAAUUCAACUUUACAAAUUAUGAGUGAGGGUACACCGUUACCAAAAUAGUGCUAUUCCUUUUUAAUGAAGUUUAAUUUGAUUAGCAAGCACUUUUAUAAAGUUUGAGAUACAUGUUGCAUGCACUCCUGCUGUAUUGCAGACAGCAAGGGACAGAAGAAACGUGGGAACAAUUUAUUUGCUGUCAAAAAUUUAAAGUAGAUCUAAUGAUAAACUGUCAAUCAUGACUGCUUGUGUUACUAAAUCUUAGUAGAUGCUGAUGAUUGUAUUGACUUUUCUUAAUCAACAUUUAUGAUAAAGUUUGAAAGUUCUGAUUUAAUGGCAGUGAAUUUUCAUCAUUGAUUUAUUUCAAAACCCUAAACAUCAUUGGCAAAAUACCUGUUGAGAGAGAAAAACGUAUUCACAAUAUUGACUUUUGCUCCACUAAUUACUCCACUUUUUGGUGCAGAAACCCCUAGAAGAGACUCAGAGAGAAACAAAUCAAUAAGUGCAGUGAUACUACAAGAAAUGUGGUGCAAGUUCUGAGGAGUAAAAUGCGUUUUGAUGAAUAGACUACCGGUAGUUUAAGUCGUCGAGUCUCGAGAACAAAGAAGACAAUUGUUAAGGGACAUGCACAGACUUGAAGGAAACGGAUCAAAUUAAUAACACAAUGAGUGGAAGUAGAGUGGAUCUCAAAGUUGUGCUCCUUGGCAAGGAGUAUGGUGGAAAGACUAGUCUUGUGGAACGUUAUCUCCAUGACAGGUUUCAUGGUGAUGUUCCAUACCAAAAUGUGAGUACUAUAGGAGCUGCAUUCGGUGCCAAGAAGGUUGAUGUGUAUGAUCGGACAGUCACAAUGGGCGUAUGGGACACUGCUGGAUCAGAGAGAUAUGAAGCCAUGAGCAGGAUAUAUUAUAGAGGGGCCAAAGCUGCAAUUGUUUGUUAUGAUUUAACAGAUGAUCAAAGCUUUUCAAAAGCAAGAUUUUGGGUAGAUGAAUUGUUAAAGAAUGAAGAGCACUGCAAAAUCUAUUUAUGUGGGACCAAAAUCGAUCUUGUACAGGAUGACAAGAAGAGUAGAAAAGUCGAUUAUCAUGCAACAACAGAUUAUGCUGAUGAAAUACGUGCCCAGGUCUUUGAAACAUCAAGUAAAACAGGAUAUAAUAUAAAGGAACUUUUCUUCAAGAUAGCCAAAGAUUUUGUGGAUGAUCCGAAAAAUAAUGAAAAUGGAGAGGAAUCGCCUAAUACACUGAAGCUAGCAGAAAACAGUCAGAAGAAAUCAUGCCCAUGUUGACACCAUGAGAAUCCAAGGCCUUUCUGCAAUCUUGAUUCAUUCAUUUGGACAUUUAAUCAUGUGACAAAUUGGAUCAUCUUGAUUUCAAUUCAACAUGAUUUUGUCGGACUAAAGUAUAAAAGUGAAAUGACUUAUAACUACCACUUGAAUUUAACAGUAUUUAGUCUGCGAAAACAGUUCUAUUUUGAUGUUUGAUGAAGUCACAAUUCGUGCCAAGUUGCCAGGAGAAGCUACCGGAACUGCAUAUGAAAAAGUAGUCUGCAGACAUGCAAACUCAGAUUAUUCAUUAGUUGAAAAGCAAUGUCGUGGAUUUGAUGCCAUAUACCCAUGUCAUAUUCUGAUUGAUCAUCGUCUUGGAAAUGCUUAGUUUAGGAUUUCAGACCCCAUGUUGAUUUUGUGGCUAACCCACGACGGUUGAGAAUGUUCUCUUGUAGCAAGCUUCAUGGACCAAAUGAUCAAUAUCAAGAUUAGUUGCUGCUUCAGUGCACAUGUAUGCAAGUGUCAUCUGCAUUCUUUAGUCAGAGUCUAGAUAAAUGUUACCCUCAUAUGUGCUCUACUUAAUUUUGAUUUAAUCUCCAUUGAUUAUAAUAACAACAAUAAUAAUAUUGUCAUAUUUUACCCAGGGUAGCCACUUUAAUUUACUGUUCUCCCAGCAGACCCUGUUUUAUGAUGUCAUUAUUAUCCUGUCUUUAGGACAGCUAACUUGAUCGGGUCCUCAAUUAUUCGAGAAAUUUCUUUCUACCGGGCACCAUUUACUACACCUGGGUGGAGAGUGGCAAAUGUAAGAUAAAUGCCAAGCUGCCAAAAGACGGGAGGUAUUAAACUGAAGCAAGAAAGUUUUGUUCGUAGUUAACUUGCUUCUAGUAAAUAGUAAAUCAGCCCUACCACUACAGACCAUUUCCCCUCUGUAUUUUCAUUUGAAAGAAAGACAAUAUGUGUUUGCUUGUUUUUAUCAAAGAAAGAAAGGAAAUUUGUACAAUAAUAGUCAUUGGUCUUUGUGCAGAUGGAAUGUUUGCACAUGUCAUGAAAUGCUUGAAGCUAAUGAUUCAUGACAUGAAGUUUCUUGGGCCUUGAAAGAAACCCACAUGAAGAUUCAUUUCAUAAGAUAUCUGGGUUUGGUAUGUUUAGAAAUAUGCAAACAUAAUUACAUGCCAAUUAAUCUGUUUCUUGAAUUAGAAUUAUUCAGCUGUUGGUUCAACAAAGUAAAGUCUGUGAUCCAUUUUUAUACGCCCGUCCUAGGCGGGACGUUUUAUGGUAUGCUCGGUGUCCGUCCGUCUGUCUGUCCAUUAAUUUUUCCUUGUAAACGCGAUAACUUCAGUUUGACUUAUCCGAUGCUCAUAUAAUUUGGUGUAUAUGAUACUAGCAUGGAUCCCAGGAAGCCUAUUGAUUUUGAGGUCCAAAGGUCAAGGUCACAGUGACAUGUUUUCAUCUUACCCUUUUGCAGUCCUUGUGCGAUAACUUCAGUUUAACUUAACCUAGGCUCAUGUAAUUUGAUGUGUAUGAUGCUAGCAUAGAUCCCAGCAAUUCUAUUGAUAUUGAGGUCAGAAAGUCAAAGGUGAAGUCGCCACCUUCCACUUUUCUUGCUUGACCAAUAACUCCAUUUUCGGCGUUACAGGCGGGCGUAUUAUGUGCUCGCCUUAGUGACACUCUUGUUUAAUUUGCAUCCAACACUACAUUUUUGGUAAUUAGAAUGAAAAAAAAUGAAUUUCAUUAACAAUAUGUGGAUUAGUAAAUCAUUUAUAUUCUAUUCCAGAAAUGUAUCAAUAACCUUGCCAUUCUACAAAAAGUGAUGUUAUUCUAGCUCUUGAAAAAAAAAAGUGGUUGAAAAGGGAAAAUAUAUUGAUUGAUCAGUUGUGUUUGAAUGUUGUAUUGUAUAUGACCAUGGAUCUGUAUCACAUAGGUUGGUAAUAGAUCGUUAAUGGCCAAUCAAGAUGAUCGUUGCAGAUGAAACCCUUAUCAUGAACCAAUCAGAAUCAUUCUUUCAUAUUUUUGAUUUAUUACUAAUAUUUGUUUUACUAGUCCCAGGCCAUCUCUUUAUACACUCUUUGAUUCUUCUUUCAUCUUUCCUGCUAUUUAAAUUGUGAAAAUAAUUGAAGGGAGUGUUGUGGAGGACAGUAACACACAUUCCUACUCUCACCACCCCCUUCCGAUCGUGGAACCACAUAUUCAAUUGAAAUAUGUACUGUUAAAUUGUUUAUUGUAGUAGUAGCAGCAGUAUAUUGAGUCAUAAAAAAUGUAAUUGAAAUGAAUUAUGUUUUCUUCAUUUCUUCAGUCUUCCUGUCUAUGUUCCAAUUGUUUUAAAUGUUUUCAAUCGAAUUUGAAAAGAAAAUCAAUGAAGAGUUGCUAUCUUUUUGUACCAGUGGUAUUAAAUGCGGUGUUCAUAUCACAUGUUUUGUAUAUGCCUGAAAUUUUAGUAUACAUGUCAUGGGAUGGAGGGGGGGGGGUCACCAUAGGGCUGUUUCAUAAAGCUGUUUGUAAAUUAUGCAUGACUUUACAAUCAACUUGAGUAUGUUUUAAGUGCUAAAUCAGGUUAUCAGUCAUUAUGAUUCCCAUUUGCUACUAUUGAAUGACGAUCUUUGCAGAUUAUAAUCUCAAUGAUACCAAGCAAAUAAGCGCAGAGUUUAAAAUUUUUAAAAUUUGAAUAUGGUUAUUGGAAAUUCACUCUCUUUCAGUAAACACCAGGGGAAAUUUUGGGGUAUAUCAUUUAGCGCAAGAACAUGCUAAACUAUCAAACAGCUGUAUCCGAAAAAUCCAUAUUUUGCUGUUCGAAACAGAAAUCAGAAACGGAAAUCCUCAAAAAAAUUUGUUUUGCACAAUUGUGCAUUCCCAAGGUUCUCUGAAUAUUUUGCUGCCACACUGUAUAGGAAGAUGCAGAGAAAGAGGAUAAGAAAUAGGAAGUAGAAAAAGAUGACCAUUGAUAUUUGGAAAGGAAGAAAGGAGAGGAAACAGUCCAUUGCAUUGGGUACAUGCCAUACUAAAAAAUAUGUCUAUGUCAUGCUUUUUACUUUUCUUUAUAAUUAAGAUUGAUUUUCUUUCCUUCUUAAUUGAUGCUUCCAUUUAAAUUACAUACACUGGUAAUAAUAUUAUCGUGAAUAGAAAUUAUUAUGCUUUGGAUUCAAGGAAAUAGCUUUCAGGUGGCAGGGGUCUAGUGGAUUUAGAUUGGCAAUUGAUGUCUUACUCCUAUAAUAAAUUAAAUAAUUGUUCAAUUUUGAAAAUUCAUAUUAUUGAUCAUUUGGAAUGAACUUGUGUAUAUAUGAAUUAUAUAUGCAUCCUGAUUGUAAAUCUCUUUAUGUUUUAAGUAAAUACUCAGUGAUUCAGUGAGGUUCAAUACGAUUUUGAUUUUUAAAAAUUAUAGCUGUUAAGAACAAAGAGGUUCAUAAUGAUGCCAUAAUGUCUAUUCUUAAUAAAAUCUUAACCAAGGUAAAGUUUUUGAAAUGUUGUAUCUUUGAAAGUAAAUGGAUUUAUUCCAUGAAAAUUGAACAUAUGGUUAAUCAAGGUUCACUGAUCAUUUUGCAUGAGUUUUAGGUCACAUUAUGUGCCAAAAUUCAAAUGAGGUCAACAAACAGAGUGUCAUAUAAUAAUUUUUUUUCAUCAAAGUUGCUUUUAAAAUCGGCACUGCAGCUACAUAGGAUUGCAAAAUGCAGAUGAGACUGCCAGAGGCUUUCCACUGUUUUAUAAUAUAUUCACAUCACCAAAAUACUCUAACAUGUGUAACCAUAUUUCCUUCUUGCUCUGUGCACUUUAUUCAUGAAAUUUGUUCAUCUUAAGUGCUGCUGAUGAUGAAGUACAUUGUUUGAAGGAUAACACGAACUUUGCUCUUACGACAAUUGCUACUCCGCUAGUUCCUCUGAACAUGAGAUUAAGGGUUGUGCUAGGUUUUUUUGUUCAGAAUCAUGUUAGGAUUAGGAUUGAUGUUGAGGUAAGGUUUGAAGCUGGACCCUGUUGCAUAACAGUUACUAUUAUGUUAAUUUGUUGUUUAAAAGUAUCUUUCAUGGAAUCCUUGCUUUUGAUUGGCUGCUUACCAUUGUUACCAUGGUGGUUACCAUGGUAACUUUGAUGCAACGGAACCCAGGUUUAUGUUUGGCUUAAAACUGAGUGCAUUUUUAGUAGGAGCAAUUGUCGCAAGAGCAAAUGCCUUAGAACUAUUUGAAUUGACAUUUCCUAUAAGUGUAAUUAGGAGGUUAAGUGGAUUUCCAGUAUUUAGCUUGAGCUCUGAGCAUCUGAAGAGAGGUUGUAAGGUGUGUCAAAUUUUGUAAUGACAUUUGGAAUGGCAUUACUCUUAUGUCUUUGAUGUUUGAUAUGCUUGCAUAAUCCUCUCAAUCAAUUAUUUCAUGCUUGCAUAUGUAUGAUGGAAUGAUUAUUGAGAGAGAGAGAAAGAUUUUUGUUGAACAUGCAUUUGUUUAAUUCAAUGAUAACAUGUUUUGUUUUUAUAUGCUAUUGUUCAUGAAGUGUAUAGAUAUCUGCUCAUUAAAGUUGCCAAUAGUGAGCAUCUUGGUAAAGAAUAUAUUUCUCUAUCAACUUUGAAUUACUCUAAGAUCUCUUACAAAAUAAUUUUAUAAUGUAUAUGUGCAAUUAAUUUUCUUUUAAAUAACAUUAUUUACUUUAUUUUUCAAAAUAUCAAUGUAGUUACAUAUAUGAUUGUUAUUUUCUUUUGUCACAGUAUCAUCUGCUUUAGGUCUUUAACAGGAUAAAUUAUCAAAUCUUUCCUCUCUAUUAUGUUACUUUAUGCUCAAUAAACUUUCAAAAUUAUAUAUUGGAUAUCAUAAAUG